CCUUUGCAAAGCUUGUUUGCAUGUGGCAACUCGAUUAGUUUUUGACAUUUUGUGUUCGUAGGGAAAUCCAAGUGAGAUAUUUCAAGUAUGUCCAAAAAACCAGCAAAUGGUCCUGCACUCCAUAAGGUGAUUAUGGUGGGUAGUGGAGGUGUUGGCAAAUCAGCACUUACUCUUCAAUUUAUGUACGAUGAGUUUGUGGAAGACUAUGAGCCCACAAAGGCAGACAGUUAUAGAAAAAAGGUUGUGUUGGAUGGAGAGGAAGUACAAAUUGAUAUACUAGACACUGCCGGUCAGGAAGACUACGCUGCUAUCCGGGAUAAUUAUUUUCGCAGCGGAGAAGGAUUUUUAUGUGUCUUUUCAAUAACAGACGAUGAAAGUUUUCAAGCUACUCAAGAAUUUCGAGAGCAAAUACUUCGUGUUAAAAAUGAUGAGAGUAUACCCUUCCUUCUUGUUGGAAAUAAGUGUGAUUUGAAUGAUAAACGCAAGGUUCCACUCACAGAAUGCAAACUCAGAGCGCAGCAAUGGGGUGUGCCCUAUGUGGAGACUUCAGCCAAAACAAGGGAGAAUGUGGAUAAGGUGUUUUUUGAUCUGAUGCGUGAAAUUCGGUCGCGAAAAACGGAAGACUCUAAAACAACUAGUGGGCGAGCCAAAGAUAAAUGCAAGAGGCGGAAACUAAAGUUCAGACAGACCAACAAUCCUGAAGAAAUUGAUGAAAUUCACUUUCAUUGA